AUGCUACUACCCAGCAGCGAUGAUGGAACCAUGAAGGCAAUUACAGUCGCCAACAACCGGGUUACUCUGCAGGCCAAUGGCCAGGAUUCCUACUUCUACAGCAAGACUGGUUGCACCAACGCCAAGGCAAAGGGCUAUGGCGGGAUUUCUUUGCGCAUCAAGGCUAAGGCUGGCACCACCUUUCAAGUUCAGAUGGCAUCGUCGGCAACCUGCGGUGACGACUCUGCCUUUGGCUAUGCGACCACCAAGGAUCUUGGCUGGACUUUCAACGGAAAGGAGCAGCUGUACAACAUCCCCUUUUCCAAGGUCUCCGGUUUCGACACGUCGAAGAUCUCAUCCAUUCUUUUCAGCUCCUUGACUUCAGACGUGACAUUCGGUCCCAUGGCGUUCUACUGCGGCAACAUCGCUUCCGAGUACAUUCUCGACCCUCAGGCAUCAGCCACUGCUUCAGUGGUCACCGUCGCUGCUCCUAGCGGUACCAAUGCGGCCAAGGUCAUCGACAACUUCUCCAAGAAGGAUUCCAACUCUCUCGGUUUCUGGCAUGGCGGCGAUGUUGACACGGCUCUCACCUGGGGCGCCAAUAAGCUCACUAUCAAGGCUCCCGACUCCGACUUCUCCUUCUACACGCAGCUCUCUGCUACGUGUGCGGACAUGACCAGCUACGACGGCGCUUACCUCCACAUCGCUUUCACCGGAAGCAAUAAGUUCAGCGUUGCUUUACAGCAGCACAACUCGAAAUGUGAUGAGACUAUUGCUCCUUUCCCCGAGACUUGGGACUCUCUAGAGGCUGCACGCUACACGACUGGCAACGACAUCUACAUUCCUAUGACACACUUUAACAUCGUCCGGAAGCGUGUUGUCGGUAUUGCCUUCAAGGGCUGGUAUACUAACGAGGCUACCACUUUGACCAAGGUCCAGAUCGUUUCGUCUGUGCCAAACAAUGUCUACAUCCCGGCCAAGUUACCUUCCGGCAACCUCGUGUUUGCCUGCAAGCGCCCGAACUCUAUCGCCUUCGCCAUUGACGACGGUGCUCCGGAAUUCGCCCAGGAAGUCAUGGAGGUCAUCAAAUCGGAAAACAUCAAGGUCACUUUCUUCACCGUCGGCGCGCCUUUGAGAGAUCCGUCUACCAACCUCAGCAGUAUCUAUAAGGAUAUGAUGGCCCAGGGUCACCAGAUUGCACUUCACAGCUAUACUCAUCCCCACAUGGAGGGUCUCCCAAACAACGACGCCAUUGCCUGGGAGUACGACCAGGAUAUCCAGACAGUUAAGGAAACAUUUGGACUCAGCACCAAAUACUUCCGCCCUCCCUUUGGCACCGAGGGAGCCCGUAUGCGCCAACAACUCGCCAAGUCCACCGGCAACGACAAUCCAUACAUUGUCAAUUGGAACAUUGAUGUUGAGGAUUGGCUUUGGGCCCAGAGCGAUACCCCCGAGAAGCAACUCGAAUCUUUCAAGCGUGAUUUGGAUAAGGGUGGUAGUUUGGUUGUCAUGCAUUACCUUUAUCCCUCCACGGUCAAAUACUUGAGGCAGUUCAUUCAGAUGGCUAAGGCCACCAAGAAGACGCUGAUGAGAGUUGAUCAAUGCAUGAUGGAUCCCGAUGCUCCUGCUUUGUAG